CAAUGGCCAUAAUGGUAACGCCUCAAGAAACUGCCCAAGAAAAACUCACUGAACUUGUUCUCUCUGGAAGUGAACGUGUUGCUGAAGCGGAGAUCGCUAGUGAGAUUGCUGAGGUGGACGAGAGCUCACAAGAUCGUAGUCGGGAGGAAAAGACACCUCAGUCGGUUGAACGGCAUAGACUCAUUUCAGUGGCGAAUCGAUUACCUUGCACGAUUCAUAAGGACAAGGACACGGGGAAAUGGGUUGCCAGUAAAAGCUCAGGAGGGUUGGUAUCAGCACUCAGUGGUGUUAGCGGCAUCGACAUGAACUGGAUAGGGUGGCCGGGCUGUGAGGUGCCCGAUGAAGACAAGGAGGAAGUCGCUGAAUUGGUUGGAGAGCAAGGAUGCUACCCGGUAUUCCUCACUGAUAGCGAAAUCGAGUUGUACUAUAACGGCUUUUGUAACAACACGUUGUGGCCUUUGUUCCACUACAUUACUCCGUCCACUGAGCGUGUUAUUGAGGGAAGAACAUUAGAGUGGGAAACGUAUCAACAAGCUAAUGCUAAGUUCGUCGAUGCUAUCAUGAAGGUUUUGCAUGAUGACGAUCUGGUGUGGGUCCACGACUACCACCUGAUGUUGGUGCCCAAGCUUCUACGUGAGAGAGUUCCCAACGCGAAUAUCGGUUGGUUUCUGCACACGCCUUUCCCCUCGGCUGAGAUAUAUCGGAUGUUACCGCAAAGAGAAGAAAUCCUACAAGGGUUGCUAUCAGCAAACUUGCUAGCUUUCCAUGUACACGACUAUGUGAGGCACUUCCUGUCCUGCUGUGUGCAGUUGACUACUCUAGAGAUCACACCGCAAGGAGUUGACGCAACACCUCUCAAUGGCAACUUUGUUAAAUGUGCUACAAUACCAAUUGGCAUCGACCCAACUCCAUUCACUUCAACAGCCGAGUCUGUCACUGUCGCAGCACGAGUGGCUAGUCUGAAGGAGCAAUGGGGUGAUCGGAAAGUCAUCCUCGGUAUUGAUCGACUUGAUUACAUAAAGGGCAUUCCACACAAACUUCGAGCCUUUGAUAUGUUCUUGGAUGAGCACCCAGAGUGGGCAUCUCAGUGUGUGUUGGUGCAACUGGCAAUUCCUACUAGAAGUGAAGUGCCGGAGUAUCAGCGCCUGAAGCGGCAGGUUCACGAGAUGGUCGGAUCGAUUUGUGGCAAGCACAGCAAUCUUUAUACUGGUCCUCCGGUGAUCUAUCUUGAUGGAUGCGUUGAUCAUGAGGAGUUGACUGCCCUUUACAGAGUUGCUGAUGUUGCGCUGAUCUCUUCCAUCCGUGAUGGUAUGAAUCUCGUUGCCUACGAGUUCGUAGCCUCACAACAACACAAAAACGGCGUCCUAGUGAUCAGUGAGUUCGCUGGAGCUGCACAGUACCUAGGAGCUGGAAGUAUUCGGAUCAACCCAUGGAACCUUGAGGAGGUGUCCUGGGCUAUAUACGAAGCACUUACGAUGGGUGAGGACCGUCGUAAGGAAAUGCAUGAUUACUGUUUCAAAUACAUUCAUAAUCACAGCGCUCAACGUUGGGCCGAGACUUUCAUCGCAACUCUCAAGAGUGCUUGUUCAGACCGGAAGGACGUUUCUGCUUCGGUGAGUUGCUGCAACUCAGUCUUCAUUCGAGUCUUUGGUCAUUCAGGUUUCCCCUCUUUACCGGCAAAGUUGUAUCAAUCCCUGAUGUCGGUGCCAAAGGAUCUCAUGGCAAGCCUUCAACGUUUGGCUAAUGAUGAGAAUACUAUAAUGGUCGUGACAACGAGCCACUCUAAGCAAAUUGUGGAGAGACUUCUCGGACACCUACCGAUAUACCUUCUACCUGAGAACGGUUGCAUCUAUAGAAAUCCGGAAGGUGUGUGGAAGUACGCUGAUGCGCUAGCAUGCGGUUGCAUCACUGAAGAUAACUCAUUGGCUGAGGUUGAAUCGACUGUAGGCAUCAGUUCUCCUCAAUCACGGUCUGCUUGGUCGAGAGCCGACACGUCAGACGGUGGGUGGAUGAACGGCGCUGAGGAAGUGCUACGAUACUUUCAAGAGAGGACUCCUGGUAGCUACAUCGACCGCACUGAGUUCAGUCUGAAGUGGUUCUUCGACAAUACGCAAACCGACUUUGGAGCGCCUCAAACUCGAGACCUCAUGAUACAGCUCUGGGCUGGCCCUCUGGCUAAUGCUGAUGCAGAGAUCGUCGUGGGAAACAGGUAUAUCGAGAUUCGUCCCAAAGAUUCUUCAAUUGCGUCCAAUCUCGAUAAGAUACUACAUUAUGAGAUACUCGAGGCUGACCCAGCUUCUGAUUCUAAGGUUGAUACUUGCGUCGUUAUCGGCGCAUAUCCUUUCCGUGAUGAAGAUGUCUAUCAAGUAGUGGAAGAUACACUCGUUCGACAAUGGCUACCCAAAUACACCCGACACCAACAUGGUUGUCCAACACGGAGCGUCUCCUCAUCGUCGAGGCAAUCGAGUUCUGACUGCAUUAUGGACAUCAUGGGCUGUGACGCUCUCAGGGCUUUAGGAAAUUCCCAACAGCUUAAACCUAUGCAUGAUGACGGUAAAGACUCCUUAGAAUACGAAAGCGAGGCUACUGCUACGAAUGACUACGCAGUAGUGGCUGAAUCCCCGACGGCAAGAGACUCUAGUCGCAAAAUGCAUCGUGAACAGCAGCUCGAUUCGGGAGCUCUCACAGCUGCCACGAGUGCAUCAACUGUAUCGUGUUUGGACGAAUCGUCAACGACUGAGUCGAUGAAAGAGACACUCCGACAACUACACGAUGCCUGUUAUUCGAUAGCAGUGGGUCAGUGUAAGGUGUCUAAGGCCAAAUACUCCAUCCCAAAUACCUAUUAUGUGGCAAAUCUAGUCCAUGAUAUUGCGACGCAUUUACCGCAGUCGCCACUAGCAGGUGUGACCACCAGCAACGACUCUGUUGUCGCUGUUGAACACCAGCAUUCUAUUACGACCCCUUGAGCGUAUACCCUCAUGAGAGCUCUGAUUGACACUGUGUUGUAUAAACUAUAUUACUAUUGUUGUUGUUGGCUUGCUAUGCUCGCUAGUGUUCUUCUACUUCUCAUCAUUACUUUCUCAUCUCGAUCAUCAU